AUGGCAGCACGAACUCUGAGCGGGGAUGUUCGCAUGGUCUUGCAGCUGGCGCUGCUGGUGCUUGCUGCUUUUUCGCCCAAGUUGGCGCAUUGGAUCAUGGCCAUUCCACCAAAAGGGUGCAAAGCCUUGACGCAGGAGGUGUUUCCAGUCCCUGUCAUGGCUUUGCCCUUUUUGUUUCUGGCCUGCGCGGCCUCACUGGAGGUCGAACAUGCCGUCGAGUGGCUGCGGGGCUUUGCGCAGCAAGUACGGCAGAUGGCAGACGCGGAGAACGGGAAGACAGCGCUGGUGUUCGUGCAGGAGGAUGGAAUCCCCGUGGUACCUUUCGGCAUGCCAAUGCAAUUCUUCAAGCAUGAGAAAGAGGAAAUCCGACACGUCAUCGUCAUACUGGCUGCAUCGGAUGCCGCUGCACGGGAUUUCGAUCGCCUGCAGCGGGCAUGCAUUGCGAAAGAUGCCUGCGACUGUGGGCCCUUCCACUUAUCGGUUCCUGCUUGGCGUCAGCCGCAUGCGGCCAUUGGCUUUCUGCUGAUGCAACAUGACCGAAAAGAGCUGAUGCCCCUUUUGGAGGACCUGCGUUCGGUGGGGGAGAAGGCCUACGAAGCGUUUCAGGAGGCGUUGAAAGAAGCGAUCACCUGUGUGGCGAUGGCUUCACGGAAGAAGAAGCGGGAGACCGUUGACCGCUUCAUUGCAACGGCCAGGUCAGCGAGUUGCGAGGUCGACUCGGUAGCACCCGUGAGGCCGAAGGUCAAUGGCCCAGUGCCACCAUCUGAACCUCCUCCACCGUGGUUGGCCAAGCGCAAGCCUGAACCCAAAGCCAUGCCUGUCCAGCCUCAAGAGAAGCUGAAAGCAGAUCCCAACAAGGUACCGGAACCAGUCCUACCACCAAAGCCACCUACGCCACCUACGCCACCUGUGGUGCCCACACCGCCACCACCCCCGCUGGUGCCGCGAGCGCCGCUCAUGCCGCCGCCGCGGACGGCGAGCCCCGAGCCAGAGGCGUCGCGGGCGGUGCGCUGGGAGCGGCUAUCGGAUCGGCCGGUGCUGCCCACGGCGAAGUCGGCUCCCUCGAGGCGUGCGACGCCGCCCUUGACGCUCUUCCAAGUGCUCGAACGGCCGGGCCCGGUGCAGACGGAGUCGCGGGUGCAAGUGCCGCAAGCCAAUGGUCAGAAUGGAUGGGCGCAUGGUGAGGCAUCUCACUCAGUGAAUGGGCACAGUAAGGAGUCUGAGGGAUCAUGGGCUGAUGAUCGUGGGAGACGAUGGACUGGAGCCAAUGGCUGA